UUCUUUAUUUCAUUUGAAGGACGCAACGGGCUAUUUUUAGCAUACUUUGGGCCGGCUCCUGGAUCCGACAUUUUUAUUUGAAUAAGCGGUGAAAAUGAGUGACCCAAGCGCAAAGGGCAAUCAAGCCGUCUCUCCGAAAGAGAAGGACGGAGCCGAGAAGAGGGGCCGCGGGAGACCCCGAAAACAGUCCAAGGAGCCCAGCGGGUCCCCAACUCCAAAGAGGCCCAGAGGCCGUCCGAAGGGCAGCAAGAAGAGUCACACCACCAAGAGCAAACAGAAAGCCACGGGGACCACAGCGGAAAAGCGCAGAGGAAGACCUAAGAAGGAGGAGAAAGAAGAGCAGGGAGACAAGGCUUCGUCUGAGGAAGAGGAGGAGGAGGAAGGAGAAGAACAGUAAAUGGCAGUUACUACCUCAUCAUUCAUUAUGCUGACUUCCUGUCAACUACAACUGGACUGAAACACCAAAUCGGUCACCCCCCCCCCCCCCCCACCCCAGUUCUCACCCUCUACCUCUGCCCUGAUCAGAGAGGGUGGUGGGGCACUCAUGUCACAAACUUGCAACGGCACUGGAAUGAAAUUUUAUAUAUAUAUAUAUAUAUAUACACUUAAAUAUAUGUAUGUAUAUGACAUAUAUACAUAUACGUGUGUGUGAGUGAUUAUAGUCUGCAUAUCCAUAUUUAUGUAAGUAAAGGAAAGUGGGGGAAAAAAAAAAACUAACGACUGCCCGUUCCAUUUUCAGACGGGUUUUAAAAUUCACAAACGGUGGUCUUUUUGUACUGGACAAGUUAGCAAAAAUAAAUGUCUCUCCCUCCUUUGUAAUUUCCAGAGAAGUGGGACUCUUUGGCCCAGUAGGGUUUGUUUGGCGGUAGAUUAGUGCAGUGUAUAGUUAGGAGUGCCCCUCCCUUUUUCACGGUGUAAUGUUUUGUAGUUAUUGCUGUGUAGCUCCCAUUCCUGCCCCCUUGCCCAGAUAGGUCCAUGCGGUUGUGUAGGCUUGUGUUCCAGGCAGUUCGGUCUGAAAAGGGUGCUGCUGUACAGAAACAUUCCCAGGGUAAGCUGAAGUGGUGCUUUAGCCAUCAUAGGUUAACUCCUCAACAACCAAACCUUCUGCCGUUUGUUUUUAAAAGCUUUCAGACUAGGUCUCAUUUGUGUCGUAUGUUGUUUUAAAUCCAGAUCUGUACAUACAGGGGCCGUUUCUGUACCCUUGUGUUCAGAGUGGUGAUACUGCUAUGCGCUGCUUAACAGACAGGGGGUGCUCUAUCCACCCGUGUCCAUCUCUCUCCGUUGAUUGUGUGGUUCAGGUCCAGCAGUGUCCAUGUGCUCUGGGUACUUUACCCACAACACCAGUCCUGGAGUGCCCAACAAACAAACCUCACCUCAGCCAUCAUUAACCGCUCUUUCCAUUCCAGUCUUGUGCUAAAGCCAAUGGCACCAGUGCUCUAUGACCUUCCUUCAGUCAAAAACUUGAGAGCAAAGACUGCCCAACCCUCUUCCUGGAGAUCUACUAUCCUGUAGGUUUUCACUCUGACCCUAAUUUGUCACACCUGAUUCUAAAAAAAUUAUCAGCUCAGAGAUAUCGAUCUGUUGAAUGAGGUGUGCUUUGUUUGAGUUGGAGGGAAAACCUACAUGACUGUAGACCUCCAGGAACCACUCUUGUGGAUAGUCGAACAAACAUGUCAUUUAAUCUUUAAGCUCUGUGCAUAGACAGAAGUAGUGAUUUCUCCUUGAAUAUCAUAACAGAGGGUCACAGGAGGUUGAGCACAUCAGCUCGUUGGGCAGUUUGGUUUCUCCUGCAUUGUUGAGGUGGAAAGCGUUUGGGAGGAAGCGGGCUAGUUUUUUUUGCAGACCUCUCCUUGGUCUGAUUGAGCUUGGUCACUCAAUCAGUUUGAACAUGGAGAGAGGUGGAUUGCAGCUUGUAUGUAAUGACCGAUCAUUCUGGGAGGAUUAUUUCAGGAUUCAGGAUUUCGUGUUCAAUAAGAUUUUAGUGUGAUGUAUGUUUGAAGAAAAAAAUGUAUUUUUUUUUUUUUUUAUACACACCUCCCAAUAGGUCAUGUUACUGUUGAUCACAGACCCAUUCAUGGGUCUUUCCAGGUGUCCUUUGCUGCUAUAGCUCACUUAUUAGCCAGAGUACUGCUAAUGGGCCGACCAUCACAACCUGGCCCAAAAACUGCUUACCUCACUCUUACAGCUGACGUCAUCGUCUUAACAUUCAACUGGUUCCACAUAACCUCCGUGAAGAGGAGAGCAACGGGCUUCGAGUGUUGGGGCUAGCGUCUUUUUACUGUUCGUAGGGACUUUUUUGAUCCGUUUGGUAGUUCAGAGUUCAAACUUUAAAAUGUGUUUUUUGGUUCUUUUAAAAUUAAAAAAAUUAAAAAAUUGGGGUUUUAAGAUUUCUGGGUUUGGCUUAUAGAAUAUGUGCUCACGCACAUGCACAGAGAAAUGCUGAAUCUCGUUGUGACUCAGUAAAUUAAUGCCAGUGAGAAGAACCCAAUAACUUUUCAGCUUUUUUGUAAAACCUUCACUGACUGUGAUAGUGGUUUCUGUGAUGCACUGAAAUAUAUUGCAGGUGUAUGUUGUUCAUUAGCGUUAGCAUUGACAAUGUUUGUCCUUAGAGAUGAGAUCGUAGCUGAUCAUGGUUCAUGGGAAAACUGGUGUGUUGCAGUAGGUCUUUCUCACUCUUUACUGUCAUUCUGGCAAUUUUCAGCUCCUAACUAAAGGGUGUUGUGGAAAUGUAUUUUGUACAUCCCAGAAUAUAGCCUAGUCCUGUCCUUUGGACCCCUUUAUAAUAUUAGUCGCAGUGAAAGACAUUCCCACUGAAAUCAUUUUGGAUCAGGAUUGUGAAAUGUACAUUCUGAUUCUGAAUCUGUACGUUUGCAAAUGAGGGACUUUGUGCCUGUCCAUUUGAAAGCACAAGAAUCUGUUUGUAGAAAGUUUUAAUAUACAAGUUUAUUGGGUGCAAGCAACUAUUUUGACAAACUGCUUUUUUGUUAAUUUAUCAUAACACAGUCUUUGUAGAGUAUGUUCCUCUAGCCAUAAACUGUACCCUAGAUACCUCUGAUAUAAUCACAGUUCUGCAUUUCUGGAGUGGCUGCCGAUUACAUUUAGCAUUUCAACCUAGAUCCGUGGAGGACCGACAUUUUACCGACAUGUUUCAAAGAAAAAGGAAAAUCUGUGAUUUGUUCAUCUGCAGUGAUCACUUUCCCACCCAUACUCUUAAAAAAAACAUUUUCAAUAACAUGUAUGAGAAAAUAAAUUGACAUUUGGCGAUUUAGAAAUGCUGUCACUGAAACCAUGAAUAUAAAAAUCCCUUGACAUUCACAUGGAAUGGGGGAAAAUACAAAAAAUGCAUUAGCCUCAGGAAUAUAAUGGUGUGCUGUACGGCCUGUCAUUUGGGUUUUCUUUCGAAUCUUUAUCUUGAAUUUAGGUGAAAUUGUUAUUGAAGAAAACGGUAUAUUUUAGCAAACGUUGUCUAGUGGUUCUGGGAGGUUCCACACCUGUUGGAAACCACGGAGGCCAUACCCACUGGGGCACUGGGGAGUACACCUACUGCAGAUGUAAUCUUUGAGAUCAGUAAUCCCUUACUGUGUUGUGUAUAAGCAGGUGUGUGUAAUAAAUACAACGUUCUCUCUUGUUUUUCAA